AUGUGGGAUAAAAGUGUAGCAGGUAGAGGUGGCAAUGAAAUCGCCUCAUAUUUGAUGAAAUAUUUGGUAACCAACAUUGAACAAUCAACUGAAGAAGUAACAAUUUGGUCCGAUAAUUGUUUGUGUCAGAAUCGGAACAUUAACGCAAUUUUGGCUUACGCCGCUCUUUUAAAACUAAUUCCAACUUUGAAGGUGAUACAUCACAAAUACCUGCUAAGAAGGCAUACCCAAUUUGAAGUUAACGGCGAUCAUUCGCUUAUAGAGAGGACCAAUAAAAAGAUGCCUAAAUUCCAGAUUAAGAUGCUGUGGGAUUGGAAAAAUUUGUGA